AUGUUCGGCUUAAACCCUCAAAUUUCAAACAUCGUUGUAGUCCUCGGACUGAUGCAACUCGCGAAGAAGAUACCUUUCGAAGAUGAGAACGUCCUGUGGGCUGUCCGUGGUCUCUACAUCCUCUCCAACAUCGUCAUUGUCUCUCUGUACUUCUAUGUUGGAAAACAGAUCAAGAAGAAGAAUGACAUGACCACCCUCAAAUAUGUCGAACCUGCCGCCCCACUCUCUGGUGAAGAACCCAAACUCGUCACUACCACCAUUUGCCAGUACGACGAAGGCCAGCUGAAAUCUCUUUACAAGUCCCAAUUGACCGGCAUGGCUAUGGUUGGAUUUAUGCAUCUUUACAUGAAAUACACCAACCCACUUUUGAUCCAGAGCAUCGUUCCAUUGAAGGGAGCUCUCGAGGGUAACCUGAUGAAGAUCCACUUCUGGAACCAACCAGCUGCUGGCGAUUUGAAGAGGCCGUGGAAGGCUGCCGGAUUCAUGGGCGCCGCUGGCGGGGAGACUAAGAGCGACAAGAAGAGCGUUGAGCAGGCUGAGAAGUCCUUUAGAGGAGGUGCUAAGGAGGAGUAA